AUGGAAGCGACCAGGCGCCUGCUCCUGCGGCAACGCUGGGGCUUCCUGGCCCCAUGGUGCUACGAGCGUCUGCAUGUCGAAGAGAAGGCGUGGGACGCGCCGCAGCGCCACCUGUUGGGGCUGGAGGAGGAUGACGACCUGCAGAGCAAGAACUUUGAUCUGGCGCAGUUUUGUGGAACCGCCCAACGUGAAAAUUCCAGUUCAGAAUAUCGCAGUGCGAUGGCCAUGAUCUCGGUGCUGGAUGCAAGUGUGAAGUCUGAUAAGCUCGGCGUGGACAUCAAAAUCCCCGUUCGAGUAAUUGAUGAUGAUCAAGAAUAUUAG